AUGUCUUCCAAAAGAAAGCUCGGCGCCUCGCUCCUCGAACGCCGAGUAAAAGCUCGGCGCGAAGAAGAUUGGGAGGAGCCAGAACUGAGUGCCAGCAACGACGCGUCGGGCUCAGAGGUGUCAAAAGAGGAAGUCGACAGCGAUGAUGAGGAGGACCAAGACUCCGAAGCAGAGUCUGGCUCAGAACCGAAAACAGACUUCUCGUCAAUCUCCUUUGGCGCAUUAGCUCGCGCAGCAGCCAGUUUACCACCGCCCGACAAGAAACGGAAAAAGGCCGCCGCCGAAGCCGGCAAGGGCAAGGACGAAGCACCACCAGCAGCAGCCCACCCGUCAAAAGACACGCUGAGACGGGAGGAAAAGAAGAAGGGUCGGAUCGACACAUCAUCGAAGCGAAGCUCCAAGCACGCGCCGCAGGAAAUGACGUCCAAGAAGCCCGUCAGCCGGCGCCGCGAGAUCCUGCCCGACCCCCGCCGCAAAGCCCGCGACCCGCGCUUCGACGCCCUGACGGGGAAGCUCGACGAGGCCAAGUUCGCCAAGAACUACGCCUUCCUGGACGAGUACCGCGAGAAGGAGAUGGCGGACCUGCGGGCGCAGAUCAAGAAGACCAAGGACCCCUACGUCAAGGAGGACCUGAAGCGGCAGCUGCUGUCGAUGGAGUCCAAGAAGAAGGCCCGCCAGCAGAAGGAGGAGGAGGCAAGGCUGCUGGCGGAGCACCGCAAGAAGGAGAAGGAGCUGGUGGCGCAGGGCAAGCAGCCGUUCUACCUGCGCAAGAGCGAGCAGAAGAAGCAGCUGCUGCUCAACAGGUAUGCAAGCAUGAGCAAGGGGCAGGUCGACAGGGCGAUCGAGCGCAAGCGCAAGAAGGUGGCGGGCAAGGAGAAGAAGGAGUUGGCUCACCUGGAGAGGGUGUCGAGACGUCAUUAG